AUGGAAGUUGAGCACGUAGAAGAGGUGGAACGGCUGGAUCCACGCUUCUCGACGGCGCUCAUGGCUGGUGCUGCGUCCGGACUGUCUGUUGACUUGUUAUUUUACCCGAUCGAUACGAUCAAGACGCGUUUGCAGAGUGCGCAAGGGUUUUGGAAGAGCGGCGGGUUUGCAGGUGUGUACCGCGGCAUGGGCAGUGUGGCUGUGGGUAGUGCGCCUGGCGCCUCGAUCUUCUUUGUGACGUACGAAUCAUCCAAGUCGCUUCUUUCGCGGCUGUUAUACCCUGACCGGAGUGCGGAUGCCAAGGUUCAGUCGCCGUACGUGCACAUGGCCGCCGCGACGCUCGGCGAGACGGCGGCGUGUAUGGUGCGUGUCCCUACCGAAGUGGUCAAAUCGCGGCAGCAGACGUCUGCAUACGGCAGGAUCUCGUCGCUCACGGCGUUCCGUGAGGUGCUGAGCACGGAGGGCGUCGCUGGACUGUACCGCGGCUAUGGCAGUACGAUUUUCCGUGAGAUUCCUUUUACAUGCAUCCAGUUCCCAUUGUACGAGUUCCUUAAGCACAGUAUGGCAGGCUACAAGUCGGAGCCAUCGUGGUGGCAAGCCGCGAGCGCUGGCAGUAUCGCCGGCUCCUUUGCGGCGGCCGUUACGACCCCGCUGGAUGUGAUCAAAACACGCAUUAUGCUGGCCAAGGCGUCCGCGGACGUGCAUGUCGAUACACGCAUUCUCUCAACGCUUCGUGCGAUCCUGGCGCAAGGUGGGCCUCGUGCUCUGUUUGCAGGUGUCGUGCCACGCACCUUGUGGAUCGGUCUCGGUGGCGCCGUGUUUCUCGGCACGUUUGACGCGACGGCCAAAAUGAUCGAAGAGGCUUCCAGGCAUGUCGCUUAG